UUCCUUUGUGAGUCUGUAGUGAGUUUGCAAGAUUUCAUGAUGGAUUUCCAUCAUGCUGUGUUUGUUGGUUUCUUGCUAUUCCAACUAACUUAACAGCUUCUAAAUUAAGCUCUUCUUCUUCAGAGGGAAACUCUCUUGUGCUCCUCUCUCAUGGCUUUGCUUCCUCUGCUUUUGCUCUUCUCCAUGGCUUCUCUUGUUUUCACAAACACAGACCCUCAAGAUGAUGCAGCACUGAGAUCUCUAAUGAAUGAGUGGGCAAACACACCACCAAGUUGGGGAAGAAGUGAUGAUCCUUGUGGCACACCAUGGGAAGGGAUUUCUUGUGAGGACUCUAGAGUUACUGUGGUGAAAUUAUCGAGUUUGGGCCUCAAAGGUACUCUUAGUGGUGAUGUAGGUCAGCUCACAGAACUGAAAUCACUGGAUUUGUCUUCAAAUACUCAACUUGGAGGUCCACUUACACCGAAUAUCGGAAGUCUAACCAAACUUACAACAUUGAUCUUGGCUGGUUGCAGUUUCAUUGGUAACAUUCCUGAUGAAUUGGGCAAUCUAGAACAGCUCUCUUUCUUGGCUCUGAACUCGAAUAAGUUUACGGGAAGGUUGCCUGCAUCGUUAGGCCGGCUUGCUAAUCUCUACUGGCUUGACAUUGCGGAGAAUCAGUUGACUGGACCACUUCCCAUCUCGAGGAACAAGGCCCCUGGUUUGGACUUGCUUCUCAAGACAAAACACUUUCACUUCAAUAAAAACCAGUUAUCUGGCACCAUCCCGGACAAUCUUUUCAGCUCAGAGAUGUCAUUGAUACAUCUACUUCUAGAUGGAAACAACUUCACCGGAAACAUUCCUCAAUCGAUAGGAUACGUGCAAUCACUCGAGGUUCUCCGUCUUGAUAAGAAUUCUCUGAAAGGUCCAGUUCCUACCAAUCUCAACAACCUUACAAAAGUCAAUGAGCUUAAUUUAGCGAAUAAUCAACUGACCGGACCAAUGCCCGAUCUCACUGGGUUGACUUCUCUCAACUAUGUGGAUUUGAGUAACAACACAUUUGACUCUUCAGAAGCUCCAGCCUGGUUCACAAAAUUACCAUCACUUACUGCUUUAGUGAUCGAACAUGGAGGACUUCAAGGACAAGUUCCGCAGAAACUUUUCAGCAUUCCACAACUGCAAGAUGUGCUUUUAGAUAACAAUAAAUUCAACGGUACACUUGACAUGGGUGACAGUAUAAGUCAGCAACUACAAACUGUGAAUUUUCAGAAUAAUCUCCUCACGUCGGUCACGCUGACUUCGAACUACAACAGCACUUUAAUACUUGUUGGAAAUCCUGUGUGUGAUGCUCGGCUCGCAAAUUCUAUCUAUUGUCGUCUGCAGCCAAUGCAGUUAUCGGCACAGUAUUCCACCAGUCUCACACAAUGUGGGCCCAAAUCAUGUCCUCCCAAUCAGAGUCUCAGCCCUCUGAGUUGCAGUUGUGCCUAUCCUUAUGAAGGAGUGAUGGUUUUCAGAGCACCAUUCUUUCGAGACGUGACGAAUAGUACAUUGUUCGAAUCGUUAGAGAUGAGUCUAUGGACCAAGCUCAAUCUUCCUCCUGGUUCAGUGUUCCUUCAAAAUCCAUUCAUCAACAGUGACAAUUAUAUGCAGUUGCAGCUGAAACUCUUUCCGUCUGAAGACAUAUACUUCAACCGGUCAGAGAUUCUGAGGAUCGGGUUUGAUUUAAGCAACCAAACAUACAAGCCACCGAAAAUGUUUGGACCGUAUUAUUUCAUUGGAACUCCAUAUCCUUUUCCCGCUGAUCAUGUAAAAUCCUCGACAAGUACAGCUCUAAUUAUUGGCAUUGCAGUUGGCUCUGCUGUGCUGGUAAUCGGACUCAUGGCUGUUGGAAUCUAUGCUUUCAAGCAAAAGAAACGCGCCCAAAGAGCAAUAGAACUAAGCAAACCUUUCGCAUCUUGGGCUCCAAGGGGUUCAGACAGUGGCGGCGCACCACAACUGAAAGGAGCAAGAUGGUUUUCUUAUGAUGAACUCAAGAAAAGCACAAGCAAUUUCUCCGAAAUGAAUGAGAUUGGAUCUGGAGGCUAUGGAAAGGUCUACAGAGGAAUGCUUUCCAAUGGACAACUAGCGGCCAUCAAAAGAGCACAGAGAGGAUCAAUGCAGGGUGGCCUUGAGUUCAAGACUGAGAUCGAAUUACUUUCCCGAGUUCAUCACAAAAACUUAGUCAGUUUAAUCGGAUUUUGCUUUGAACAAGGCGAACAAAUGCUGGUGUAUGAAUUCAUCCCCAAUGGAACACUAAGAGAGAGCUUGUCUGGAAAGAGUGGCAUACAACUAGAUUGGAAGAGAAGAUUAAGGAUUGCUCUAGGAUCAGCAAGAGGAUUAGCUUAUCUUCACGAGCUCGCUAAUCCACCAAUCAUUCAUAGAGAUGUCAAGUCUACUAAUAUUCUUCUGGAUGAAAAUUUAACAGCUAAAGUUGCAGAUUUUGGUCUUUCAAAGUUAGUAUCAGACAGUGAAAAAGGUCAUGUUUCUACUCAGGUCAAAGGAACUCUGGGGUACUUGGAUCCGGAAUACUACAUGUCACAGCAACUGACAGAGAAGAGCGAUGUCUAUAGUUUCGGAGUGGUAAUGCUAGAAAUGAUUACCGCGAGACCACCAAUAGAGAGAGGCAAGUACAUUGUACGCGAAGUGAAGACCGCAUUGGAUAAACGAGACGAGGAAUUCCUCGGUCUUAAAGACAUGAUCGAUCCAACAAUACGGAACACAACACCCCUCAUUGGUUUCGGGAAGUAUGUGGAGUUGGCCUUAAACUGUGUAGAAGAAUUAGCAGCAGACCGUCCAACAAUGAAUGAAAUUGUGAAAGAAAUCGAAUUAAUUCUGCAUACUGAUGGACUGAACACUACUUCAACAUCGGCAUCUUCAUCGGCAACCGACUUUAACUCGAAGGGAAAUCCUCGGCAUCCUUAUAUUGAUCCACUGCCAAAAAAGGAAGUUAGCAGUGAUGCAUUUGAUUACAGUGGUGGAUACACUUUAUCUACAAAAGUCGAACCGAAGUAGGUGUAGAAUUUUUUCUGUCUGACUUUUUUGUUUGCAAUAUAUAUAUAUAUAUAUAUAGAUUGAAGGUUCAUGAGAAAACUGAAGUGAUCCUUGUAAUGUCUGUAAUUCAUAAGAUGAAUAGCUUCUUCUGCUUUUGUUCUUGAAUAAUUAAAAAAUAGGCAUUGUUAGUGUAUGUAAUUUAGUUAGCAGGGAAGAAUACUGUCUGGAUGUUGUGCUAUGUGAAUGUCAUGCAUAUCAUAUAUGCAUUAAAAUAA